AAGAGUUUUGUCGUUAAAAACUUCAUGAGAAGCACUCAAAUGGUGUACGAAGUGAUUGGUGUACAUAACGAGGACAUCACAAUCUUCCGCACAUUUCCCUCUANAAAAUCAUUUGAUUGUGUGUUAGAAAAGAGUUUUGUCGUUAAAAACUUCAUGAGAAGCACUCAAAUGGUGUACGAAGAAAAGGACAAAAGCCAUUUCGUUGACAAAGACACGGGCGUCGAGUUGGAACUGUUGGAGUCCAUGCCUUUACUCGAAUGGUUGGCUAAUAAUUAUAAGCAAUUCGGGGCCACACUUGAAAUCAUCACUGAUAGGUCUCAAGAGGGCUCGCAAUAUGUGAAAGGAUUCGGUGGAAUAGGGGGUAUUCUUCGAUAUCGUGUGGACUUCCAGACGUUAGACCUAACGGACGGUUUGGAAGAAUACGACGAUUUGGACGACUUUUAAACGAAGAAUUAUUUUUGGUUUACAAUAAGAUUUCAAUUGUUAGGGCGUUUGGGUUUGUGUUGUAUUUGUUUCAACAGUCGGACCAUUAAAUACCCAAACAAUGAGUUUUCGAUUUUAUAUAAAGUAUUCCUUCAGUGAAGGGACUAAAGAUAUUUGGAUUUGAGUGCAAAUAAAUAUCUUUAUUGUUAUUAAACAA